AUGAACGGACCAUUUAUUCCAACCAAGAACCCUUCUCAUCCCAAGGGCUCUGGUCCUUCUCUCCUGGCUUGUCUUCUCUGUCGCCAUAAGCAUCUUAAAUGUGACGGGGUGACCCCUGUUUGUGGCCGCUGCGCAGCCACCGGGGCAGAGUGCCAGUACACUCCUUCUCGUCGUGGGUACAAAGGACCCUCCAAGAAACGGCGCGCCAACCCGUCGUCUCCCGAACGGACACCCUCAUCUGAUCAAUCGUCUUCGUUCGACUUUCAGUCGGUCGCACUAUUGGAUACUUCCCAGGAUUGGAACGUUCCGGACGGACUCUCUUACAUCUUCCCAAACGGCUUCCCCUCUUCAGACUCGAAUAACUCCAUUCUCAACAAUGACAAGGCACUAGUGUCGGACUUGCCGGUCAGCAACGGUUGCCCUCUCACCCCAGAUUCGGUGAACUCCGUCGCUGGUGAUGGUUAUCUCAUCGAUAUUUACUAUACGUACUUUCACCCGUCGCAUCCGAUUCUUCCUCCGCUUCGUAUACUCUAUCGGUCUCAUGUGCCGCCGUUUCUCGAGCAUGUUAUCAAGUUCAUCGGUUCCCACUUUACCCCAGCCGCAAAUAGUGAGAUAUAUAGACCCUCCGUGAUGUCGUCAGCGAUGGAGCAAGAAAGCUCCGUGGAGAAGCUGCAGGCACUUCUGCUUCUGGCUGUUGUGCUGCAUUCGCGAAACGAGCGGGCAGAAGCCGGCCAAUGCCUCGCUACAGCCGUCGACCUGGCCUUCGAACUCGGACUUCAUCGUGAGAAUUUCGCCAUCUCCAUGGGCGGAGGUGAUCCGGUACGGGAAGAAAGUCUGCGACGCACUUGGUGGGAACUAUUCGUAGUAGAAGGCAUGUUGACUGCCCUGGGUGUUCAGCGUACCUUCCGCACCAGCCUAGUACCACUCGAGGUCGGCCUUCCGUGCGAGGAACGCAUCUUCCAGGAUGGAUUGGCCGCUCCACUGCCUCCUACCAUUGCUCAAUUUGACGACCAUAUUUUUGCCGACGAGGAGCGAGAUUUUUCCUCAUACACCUAUCGGAUCGAAGCUGUUCGUAUCCUCGGGCGGGUGGUUGCUAUUCAGGACAUGCUUGAGGGACAAGAAGACCAUGUGGAGGCGAUCGACGCCCGUAUCAACAGCUUUUUCCACCAUCUUCCCGAAUCGAAGGCCGAAUUGAUGCGUCCAGAUGGGUCAGUGGACGAGAUGAUGUUCCAGGCAAAAAUGAUCGCGAACGGAGCGAGUGUCUAUCUCAAUUUUCCAAGGUCCGACUUACUAUCGUCACCUGCGGUUGCUGCUGAAGUCAUCUGCGGACAUCAUGGUCCUUGCAGCAUCCCGGCCUUCACACACAAUGAUCAUGCAAUGAAAGCUCUCAAGGCAGCCAAGGACAUCUCACAGUUAGCCUCCAUCCGAUUGCCAGUCGUGAAACAUACACCCUUCUUCAUCUGCGCGCUGGUUCUCAGCUCCAUAGUGCAGUUAGCGUCCUGUUCCGUGAAAGCCGGGAGGAUGCCUGAACCCAGUCGGGAGCGACUGAGUCUCACAAUCGGUGUCUUCAAGACUCUGGCCCGUACGUGGGCUAUCUCCCAGGCGAUAAUGCGACAGGUCAAGGCUGUGGCGCGCGACGUGUUGGAUGUGGGACUGCGGCCCGCCGCGGAGCCUUUGCAAAUGGAUUUGACGACUGUCCUUGACGGUGGCCGGUUCUGGUUGCCAGAGGCACUCCCCAGCUGA